AUGACAAAAGAAAAUCCACACUCACUACCAACCUCAGACACAGUACGGCACCCUAUUCGAGACAUUAGAAGUGUUGAUGAUGAUGAUGAUGGUUUUGUCUUUCAUAUUGAUCGUAGUUUGCUUUUGGAUUAUACGAAAUUAGUCGUUGGUGACUUGAUCGGAAAAGGGGGGAACUCAAAUGUAUACAAUGGAUGGUAUGAAGAUCGUCCUGUUGCUAUUAAGAAGGUUUUACUCCCAGAAACAACAGAUGAAGCUACACUAGAAUGUAAGGCAAAUUUUCAGAGGGAGGUUAACCUGUUAUCUAAGAUUGAACAUAAAAAUGUUAUCAAGUUUGUUGCAGCCUCUGAUGGACCAAUGAUUUUAAUCACUGAACUUAUGGAAGGUGGUUCUCUUCAGAAACAUCUGAAGAACAUUUAUCCAAUAACUCUUAGUUUGGAACAAUGUUUAAGUUAUGCUCUUGAUAUUUCACAAGCUAUGGAAUAUUUGCAUGCAAAUGGCAUUAUUCACCGUGACCUCAAGCCUGGUAAUAUACUGCUUACAAAAGACCAGAAUCAUGUUAAACUUGCUGAUUUUGGGCUUGCUAGAGAUGAUAUAUGUGAUGAGAUGACUUGUGAAGCUGGUACUUAUCGAUAUAUGGCUCCUGAGCUAAUGAGCAAAAAUCCACUUCCAAAAGGAGCAAAGAAAAGCUAUGAUCAUAAGGCAGAUGUGUACAGUUUUGCACUAACUCUCUGGUCUUUGAUCAAAAAUCAAAUUCCUUUCAAAGAUCGGAAAGACUUAAUGGCUGCUUAUGCUACUAUGAAUAAUAUAAGGCCAAGUUUGGAUGAAUUUCCUGAAGAGAUAGUUCCUCUGCUGCAAUCCUGUUGGGUGGAAGAUCCAAAACUCAGACCGGAAUUUAAGGAAAUCACUGGAACACUGAUAAGGAUUCUCCAAAAUAUUUACACAACAAAGAUCAAUGCUCUUGCUAGCAUUAAACAGGAUGUCGAAGCUAAUGGAGAAAGUGAGGCAGAGUCCUCAAAGGAAAAUAAAAACCUUCUCAAACGUGAUGUCGAAGCUAAUGGAGAAUCUGAUAACAUAAUUGCUCAGUAUCCUAGGAUGGAUGAAAAGAAACUCAAGAACAAAAGCAAAUUCAAACGCUUUAUUUCUUACUUCCGCAGUUGUAUUGCUUUUUAA